CGGCGGGGCGGUCGCCUGAGGAGAGCGGCCGGCCCGCGCUCUCCGUGGCCGCCCCGGUGCCGCGGGGAGCCGACUUCGUGGGCGCCGGGCACGGGACACCCGUGAGCGGGCCGGGGAGAUGCCCAACCCCAAGAACAGCAAGGGCGGCCGCAAAAACAAGCGCGCCAACAGCAGCGGAGACGAGCAGGAAAAUGGAGCCGGGGCCUUGGCGGCGGCGGGUGCGACAGGCGCGGCGGCCGGAGGGGCCCUGGUGGCGGCCGCGGGCUGCGGGGCGGUGUCGCCGGGCGCGGUGGGCACCGGCGGCGCGGCGGGCCCGGGAGGUUCGGGUACGGGCGCCGCCAACGCCACCGUCUCUGCGGGGGCUGCAGCUGCGGGAGACGCCAAGAACGAAGCUCCUUGUGCAACGCCCCUCAUCUGCAGCUUUGGGAGGCCAGUGGACCUGGAGAAGGAUGACUACCAAAAGGUGGUGUGCAACAACGAGCACUGCCCCUGCAGCACCUGGAUGCAUCUGCAGUGCUUCUAUGAGUGGGAGAGCAGCAUCCUGGUGCAGUUCAACUGCAUUGGCAGGGCCCGCAGCUGGAAUGAGAAGCAGUGUCGCCAGAACAUGUGGACCAAGAAGGGCUAUGACCUCGCCUUCCGCUUCUGUUCCUGCCGCUGUGGGCAGGGUCACUUAAAAAAGGACACAGACUGGUACCAGGUAAAGCGGAUGCAAGAUGAAAAAAAGAAGAAGUCUGGGUCAGAGAAGAACACAGCGAGGCCUCCAGGGGAAGCUGGGGAGGAGACAAAAAAAUGCAGGCCCCUGAACAAGCCCCAGAAAGGCCUGAACCAUGACCUUCCAAGGCGGCAUUCCAUGGACAGGCAGAACUCCCAGGAAAAGGCAGUCAGUGCAGCGGCCUAUGGGGCCCGCUCCCCCUGUGGCUCCCCUGGCCAGUCCCCACCCACUGGCUACUCUGUCCUCUCCCCAGCCCACUUUAGUGGCCCCCGUUCCUCCAGAUACCUUGGGGAGUUCUUAAAGAAUGCCAUUCAUCUUGAGCCUCACAGAAAGGCCAUGCCCGGGGGUCACAUGUUCAGAAACGCCCACUUUGAUUACAGUUCGGCUGGUCUGUCUGUGCACAGGGCAGGGCACUUUGACACUCCUGUACAGUUCCUGCGGCGACUGGACCUCUCUGAACUCCUCACUCACAUCCCCAGGCAUAAGCUGAACACUUUCCAUGUGCGGAUGGAAGACGAUGCCCAAGUGGGCCAAGGGGAGGAUCUACGGAAGUUCAUUCUCGCAGCCCUCAGUGCCAGUCACAGAAAUGUUGUAAACUGUGCUUUGUGCCAUCGGGCACUCCCUGUGUUUGAACAGUUUCCGCUGGUGGAUGGAACUCUGUUCUUAAGCCCCUCAAGACAUGAUGAGAUCGAAUACGAUGUUCCAUGUCACCUUCAAGGGAGACUCAUGCAUCUGUAUGCAGUUUGUGUGGACUGCCUAGAAGGGGUUCACAAGAUCAUCUGCAUCAAGUGCAAGUCACGAUGGGAUGGCAGCUGGCACCAGCUGGGCACCAUGUACACCUAUGACAUCUUGGCUGCCUCUCCCUGCUGUCAGGCCCGUCUGAACUGCAAGCAUUGUGGCAAGCCUGUGAUCGACGUACGGAUCGGGAUGCAGUACUUCUCUGAGUACAGCAAUGUCCAGCAGUGUCCACACUGUGGGAACCUGGACUACCAUUUCGUGAAGCCAUUCUCCUCCUUCAAAGUUCUCGAAGCUUAUUGAUGAAAGCUUUGCUUUAGUAAUAGCUAUUUUAUUGAUAUUAUUACUUUACUACAUAUCUUUUAUAGGAGAACAUUCUGUGACAUUAAUUUCUUUUCUAAUUUAAAGCAGAGUUUACUUUGUAUAUUUGUGCCACUAAAACGAGGGCUGCCCCUUGCCCUGUCUUGAUUCCCAAAUGUCAGUGUGUGGUUAAAACUCAAGCCCAGGUGCAAAACUGUGCAGAUUUUGGUAGAGUUUCAGUCUCAUACAGAAUAUCUGAUGGAAUUCUUAGGUAGUAGAAAAGAUGGGUACCAUUUAAGGUAGGAUUCUGUGGCUAAACUAAAGAUGUGGUAGGCGCUGGGAGGGAGCUUUUACUAAUAUGUUAACUUUCUUGAGACUCAUUGUUACAUCUCUGGGCCUUGGGAAAAAUAAAUGACAAGUGAAUGUAAAUGAGCCUGGAGAGCCAAUACUAUAUUAGGCUGUCUGGGCUCUGUUCUUCAGCACAGGCUGAAGUGCAGUUUACUCCCCCUGAAAGAUGAUUUGAGAGUAUACUGGAAAGACUAUCUAAAUUAUACAACACUUGAAAGCUGUCACUGCUGCAAAUAUUUUAGAUCUUGUGAAAUGAAUUUGGAAAUGAUGCACACUGAAUCAAGACAGAACUUGGUUAUUCAAAUCCUAAAGGUUGGUUAGAGAAUCUACAAAAAAUCUGCACAUUCUGCAGCUUUGGUGGGCAUCAUUUACAGAUUGCGUUGCUGAAGUCCUGCUUGGUAUCCAGAUCUUCUCACAGGUAAACCUCUAGCCUAGCUGCUGUGCUAUAGACUGGCCAUGCCACACUUCCUUCUCAUUAUAGCUAGUGCCACAUUAACCCAUUUAAUACUGAAUUUCUAAAAUCAGAGUUGACCUGAAGAAGGAAAGGGAAGUUUGUUAGAAUGAUGAAAAUUAGUUUUUAUUCUUUUAAAAGUAUAUUCAUUUUUAGAAGCAGUCAUGCAAACAGCGUAUCUGAAAAUAGAUCAUCCUAAAGAUUCCCACGAUCCCCUACUGUUGAUUAAAAAAAAAAAGUCACAUGCAGAACGUCAAGUAUCCCAAAGCCAACCUCUGUUCAGUAGAACGUGGAGACUUAAAUGUGCUCAAAACAUCCCUUGUAAAUUAUAAUUAGAGAAUUAAUUCUUAUGAAGAAAUUUGGUAAUUUCAAGUAUGAUACAGAAUGAUCUAUUAAAGGAAUACUAAAAAUAAUCUUUUUAUGAAUAGGCAAAUUUGGGGGUUCAUGUAAAUAUUUUAUCUCACUUAAUUGGUUUAUGCCACACCCUCCCCAAGGAUGGGUUUCUUUUCAAAAUUGUCUAACCAUUAUUGCCAAAGAGUUUUAAGUUCUACUGCUGAAGUGCUUGGUGUUUUGUUUGAAACAAUAGCAUUAAAAACCUGUGUACCAACUAAAACUGUUCAUAUUUGGGUUAAUGUUCUUCAUCAGUUGGUUUGUUGCUUCCGGUUUGGUGUUUGAUGAUCUGAAAACUUUCACAUCUGCAAAUGUUCAAAUUGCCUAGGGCAGGCAGAAAUCAUUAUUGGUCAGAUGGUGUUUAAUGUAACUACAUGAGGUGUCUAUAUGACAUAGUACUUGCAAAUUUGUCUUUGAUGCACAAAGCUGUAAUUAUGAACUAGCUGUUUCCCAGUGAAUCUGUUGUGUACCCAAGUUUAAA